AUGGAGCGCAUGAGGAAGACCAGUGAGGAUCUCAUGGCUCAUAACAGAUUGGCGAACGUGGAGAUGAUGAUACUAUUAUUGGCUGAGGUUCGAGCAGGACCUCCACCACCUCCACCACCUCCACCACCACCACCACCACAAAAAGACAUACAUGAGUAUUAUAGGACCCAAGGCAAGGAUACUGCAGGCAAGAGUCUCCAUGGGAAGACUACUCCCUGGAAUAGGAAGAGCAAGGGCUUGCAUGUGAAGAAAAACAUAAACAAGUCUAAGAGAAAUGGGAUCUUUAAGAAGAAAAAUGGAAGAGUUGGGAAUGAGAAGACUCCUACUUGUGCUAAGUGUUGGAGGUCUCAUUAUGGUGUCUGCCGGAUUAGGCGGAAUGUAUGCUACAGUUGUGGUCAAGAAGGACAGUUUUCUAAAGAGUGCCCCAGGAAAAGAUGGCAGAUUAUGGCUAUCCAGGCAGUUCCUAUCCAGACUGUUCCGACUCUGAUGGUCAUUGAGGAGUCUCUAGUACCCACUAGUGCCAGAGUGUAUGCAGUCACUCAGCAGGAGGCCAAAAGGUCGCCUAAUUUGAUCAGAGGAGCUACCCACUCCUUCAUAUUGGGAUUUGUUGCUAAUGGGUUGCAUUUGCCCAUUCAUGAGUUCACGCAUCCCAUGGUAGUUAAGAAUGCCACCGGAGAUAGUGUUUCUACUUCUUCGAAGUGCAAAGAAGUCAGAUUCAUAUUUGAGAAAGAAGAGUAUAUGGUGGAUUUGAUAGUGCUUGAGGGCAUGAAUCUACACAUUAUUCUGGGCAUGGAUUGGUUGGUCCGAUAUGGUGUGUGCUUGAUUAUUGUAGCAGAAGGAUUUUCUUUUCUGCAAAAGGAGAGAAGUCGAACAGAAGAAAUUCCUCUGUUUCCUCCAGAGAGGGAGAUUGAAUUCUCCAUUGAUUUAUUGCCUGGUGUGGAGCCUAUCUCCUUGGCUCCUAACCGGAUGUCACCUAUAGAGCUUGCAGAGUUGAAAAAGCAGAUUGAAGAAUUAUCCUGUAAGAAGUUCAUUAGACCGAGUCUUAGGAGUGCUUCAGUGUUCUCGAAGAUUGAUUUCCGUUCCAGAUAUUACCAUAUCCGAGUAAAAGCAGAGGAUAUUCCAAAGACGGCUUUCCGAUCUAGAUAUGGGCACCAUGAGUAUUUAGUGAUUCCAUUUGGGCUUACUAAUGCCCCGACUGUUUUCAUGAGUUAUAUGAACUGGAUCUUCAAACCACAUCUAGAUCAGUUUGUAGUGGUAUUUAUUGAUGAUAUUCUGAUAUAUUCCAAGAGUAGAGAAGAACACACAGAGCAUUUAAGGGUAGUCUUGCAAAUUUUGAGGGAGCAUCAGUUAUAUGCCAAACCAUCUAAGUGUGAGUUUUGGUUGCAUGAGAUUCAGUUUCUUGGUCACAUCAUUUCAUCUGCAGGAGUGGCUGUUGAUCCGAGUAAAAUAGAAGCGGUGUUGGAUUGGGAGAGACCCAAGAAUGUUACUGAAGUCUGGAAUUUUCUGGGUUUAGCAGGAUACUACAGGCAAUUUAUUAAUGGAUUCUCAAGAAUUGCCUUGCCAUUGACUAGAUUAACCCGAAAGGGGUUGCCAUUUGCAUGGGCCCUUGGGUGUGAUGUGAGCUUUCAAGAAUUGAAGGAUAAGUUGACUACCGCACCAGUUUUGAUUCUUCCUGACCCGAAAGAGAGAUUUGAGAUCUAUUGUGAUGAAUCCAAGUAUGGAUUAGGGUGUGUGUUGAUGCAAGAGCGAAAGGUAGUGGCCUAUGCUUCUAGAUAG